ACACACACCAAGUGGCUUGAAGAAUACACCAAACACGAGUUGGAAAACUAAGAAGCGGCAAGUGGUUUGUUUAACCGGGAAAUAUGAAUCAUACCUCACGUAGAAGUCACUCCCGACAACCAAGGCGUACCACAAGCCAUGCUUUUGGCACCCGUCGAGGUCAUCGCAGGAAUAUCAGCCUCUCUGGCCUCAGACACUUUGAAGGCUCAUCGGAUGGAGAAGAUUCUCCCCCUUCAAGCCCGGUUUGGAGGCGAAGAAAUUUCAAUGAUGGGGACAGUGGAUAUGGUUCCGAUCUGGAUGACAACUCAGCUACAAGGUGGGCCAGAGAAAGCUACCCGGCUCUACCACGCCCUAGGGUGUUCCCACCCGGCACCAGAAGACGUCAUUAUGCCAGAAGAGAUCACCCACAGACUAACCAAGCCCGAUCUGCUCAACACAUGCGGAACAGGAUCAACACCGAUCUCCUCAUCCGGCAUCAGGCUCCCUUCAGUACGACCAUUCAUGAUAUUCCAGAAGAAUCUAAUAAUACCAAUGAAGAGGAGAACAACAAUCCCCACAGCCAAAGUCCUGCCCAAAUGAGCAAUAUCAACAACAAUGACAUUGUUUCGUACUACAUCAGCUUUGAUCCAAUCAUCCCUCUGAACAAGAUCCCAAAGGCAGAGAAAUUGGUGGAUUCGAAAAAGAAGAGACCCAAGAAGAAGAUUUCAGGUUGCCGAUUGGCAGCAUCCCAUGACUUCCAACGGCGAGAGGAAUAAUUAAUUUUAAUGCUAUUCAUCCUUGAUCAACUAUCCUGGUUGAGCCUUUUUGUACAAGACGCUCAAGUACACGAACACUUUUCUACUAUGUUUCAAUUUGGAAGAACAACCUCACCUUUGUAAUGAAUUGUCAGAGCUAUUUCUUAGAAUGCGCAUGAACUUACCAGCUUUUAUAUCCCUUGUAAAGCAUUUCGGUAAGAGGGAAACAUAAAUAUGAUAAUGACAUGUAAUGAUCGUUCUCUGACAAGUCAAUAAAUUAUUCACAAACCAAAAAAUAAUUGCUUCACAAA